GUCAGCUUACUGAAAUUAUUUCGUCCAUUAAGUUAAUGGCUACACAGAAUAAGGAACAAGCUCGACAGUUGUUGGUUUCAAGACCUCAGUUACUAAAAGCUGUUUUCCUGGCGCAGAUACUGCUUGGGAUUGUGAGUCCACAAGUGUUGCAGACGCCAAAUAUUGUUCAAGCCCCAAGUCAUAUGACAGGGUCUUCAAAUCAAGACACGCAAUUAUCAUCAGGUCAAAACCUUUUACCGCCACUUGCACAAAGGCCCCAGCAGCAGAGUCGCCCUCCCCGUAGUCAGUUUCCCGUUCAACAGUCUUCUAAACAACCUUUUAGUCAGAUUCCACAACUAGUAGCACAAUCAGGUCCUUCUUCAGUGAAUCCUCCUUCUAGAUCCCAAGUUAAAGGUCUCAACCCUGAAACCGCUCCUUUUCAACGCCAACACGUGGUUCCAGCUUCUUCCAACAUAGGUUAUAGUAGUCAGACUUCAGUUCCGAAUAAUGUUAUCCAGCCAUCUCAAGUACCCCGCCCAGCAUUAACAAAUUCUGUGAUGCAGCAAGGUGGGCGAACUGUAUCUUUAAAUUAUGGCAAAAGAAUAAACGAGGGUCCUCAUCAAUCAAUGAACAGACCAUUAAAGAUGAUGAAAGUUGAGGAUAGGAGAAUCAAUCCACUCCCUGGAGGUCAUGCUUCUAAUUCAAUGCUUCCGAAUCAAGUACAAGCUCCCCAGGCACAUAUCUCCCCCGAUGUUCAGUCAACAUUGCUCCAGCAAGUAAUGAACCUUACACCAGAACAGCUGAGAUUACUGACUCCAGAGCAACAGCAAGAGGUCUUAAAGCUGCAACAAGCACUCAAGCAAGACCACAUGAUGCAGCCUUCAUAGCCUUGAGGGGAAAGCAACUCGGUUGGUCGAUUUCAUUGCAGAGAUCAAAAAGGAUUUUUUUGCAUGCAAAUCACACCAUAGAAAGAAGAAGGCUCUCUCACCUGAAUUGAGGCGAGUGAUUGUAAGAUUAGUGUAGCAUUUAUUUGUGCUGAGUUUGUCUUAUAAAAGAACCAUUCAGCCAUCAAAAUAUAAAAGGAAAGAGAAAGUUAUAAAGUUCAAAGUCUCAGAAACUGUGUUCUUCUCUUUUUUCUUUUUCUGUUACCGUCUUAUUUCUUGCAUUAACAUACAAAUCUCCUUUGGUUUUUUAAUCCCGUGCACCUGGUUUGGUCACUGGUUAAGAUUUCA